AAUAACGCCUAAUUACUCCUUUUACCUUUUCUUCUUUGAAUGUUAUAUACCCAAUCCACACAAUCUAAUUACGCGAAAACAUUUCACAAAGCAGCGUAGAAGGUCAGCAUAUACAUAUAUAUUGAUCCUUUUCUCCUUCCCCUAAAGAUUAAAAUUGAUAUUGCUCAGCAUGUCAGAAAAUAGAAACCUGUUUGCAGUUUCAAGAAUCUCCAUUUUCCUGCUUUUCCUCACUGUGAAUUCUCUAGCCCAGAACAACAACUGCGCUUCAUCAUCUUGUGGCAAUGUCAGAAUCAGCUACCCUUUUAGAUUGACAAGUAGCCCCAAAUCUUGCGGCUACAACGACCCCAGCUUCGAGCUCGAAUGCCGCAAUAAUCAGACUAUUUGGGUGGCGAAAUCAAGAAGGUACAUGGUGCAGGAUAUCAACUAUGAAUUUUACUCCAUAAGGGUGGUUGAUCCCACCAUAAGCAGCGCUAAUCUUUCCUCUUGUCCUGUUUACUCCAACGACUACGAUUCUUGGCCAUCCAUUUUCAGUGGCUUCUUCGACUCGAAUAUACCGGUAUCAUUUAUCUACUGUCUUUCUCCUGUGAAUUCUUCCAAGUACGUGGAAGGCCCUUUCUGUGGUAACACGAGUAGCAUCUUCUCCAAUUCUUCCCAAAUUUACAGUUACGUUAUGGUGGGAGAUCAGAUUAUAGUAUCCGAUGUGGAGGAGGCGUGCUCCGUUUAUAGGGUGGUUUGGACAUCGGGGCGUAGGGAUAUGAAGGAUAAUUCUUCUUUGGUUGGCAUUUAUGAUGAUUUAGCAUAUGGUGUCGAGCUCUCGUGGUUCCGAGCUCUCUGUGGAGAAUGUGAGACAAGUGAUGGGUCUUGCAGCGUGGAGGGGAAUCGGAUCACCUGCAAACACUACUGCAAGGAGGAUACACCUCUCUCCCAAAAGAGUCUCAAAUGUAAAUUCGAGUACUGGGGAGUAUACUUCUUUUUCUUCGGAUUGAUUGGAAUUGCUGCACUUGUAGCUCUGAGAUUCCUGAUAGGAUUCCCGUUCCUGGUCUGGCUAGUGGUGCGCAGAUGGAGAAGACGGCAUUUAGCAAUGGACGAAACCAUUGAAGAGUUUCUGCAGGGUCAGAAUAACCUAACCCCUAUAAAAUACACUUACUCUGAGAUCAAGAAAAUGACAAACAAUUUCAACCAGAGGUUGGGUGAAGGAGCCUACGGAACUGUAUACAAAGGGAAGCUCCGGAGUGGCCCAUACGUCGCAGUGAAGAUGAUGGAGCAGUCUAUGGCUAGCGAGCAAGAGUUCAUCAGUGAGGUGGGCACAAUUGGCCGGAUCCACCAUGUCAACGUGGUGCAGCUCAUCGGCUUCUCAGUCGAGGGCUCAAAAUGUGCCUUGGUGUACGAGUUUCUGCCAAACGGCUCCCUGGACAGGUUCAUUUUCAACCAGCAAGGCCUGGAGGUGACUGCCUUGAGGUAUGAGAAGAUGUUUGAAAUCGCUCUUGGGGUGGCCCGUGGGAUCGACUACCUGCACCGUGGUUGCGACAUGCAGAUACUGCAUUUUGAUAUCAAGCCUCACAACAUCUUGCUUGACGACAAGUUCAAUCCGAAGAUAUCUGAUUUCGGGCUGGCACAGCUGUACCCGACUGAUGGUCGUAGCAUUGUGAAUCUGACGGCUGCGAGGGGCACGAUGGGGUAUAUGGCGCCGGAGAUGUUCUACAAGAAUGUAGGGGGAGUUUCCUACAAGGCUGAUGUCUACAGUUUUGGGAUGCUGCUGAUGGAAAUGGCGGGGCGGAGGAAGAAUGUGAACCCUUUUGCGGAGGAGGAAGGGCAGAUUUACUUCCCGUCGUGGGUGUACGAGCAACUUAGUGGCGGGAGGGAAGUGGAGGUGAGGGAUGCGACAGAGGAAGAGAGGAAGAUGGUGAAGAAGAUGGUGAUAGUGGCGUUGUGGUGUAUACAGAUGAAGCCUUGUGAUCGGCCGCCUAUGAAUAAACUGGUUGAGAUGCUUGAAACCGAUUUCGAAUUGCAGCUGCCUCCCAAGCCUUUCAUGGCUCCACGCGAGAUUGCUGAUCACCACAGAAUAUAAUUAAGUGAAACUCCAUUCAUAUAGUUUAUGUUGUUGUAAUUCAUGUAUUAUAGAAAGUUAUUGAGCAUUGAACAAAAUUUGUAAAGUAAAAUUCUUUUAUUUUGAGCGGAGCCUGUUGACAAGUCAUAGACCCAAGUUGUUCAAAUGAGUUUGACGAAAAGUCAAAUUUGUGUGCGCGCGUUCGCGUGUCUAUAUAUAGAUGUUAUCCUUCUUUUUUGUGUAGAUACAAUUACAAAGUGAUAAUAUCAAAGGAAAAACCAGAAAACAGAAUGUUGUUUGCAAUUCCAAGCAUCUUGCUUCUGCUUCUUUUCUUGACAGUUAAUUCCAGAGCCCAAGAUAACAACAUCAACUGCCCUUCUUCAUCUUGUGGCAAUCUCAGAAUCAGCUACCCUUUCAGAUUGACAAGUAGCCCCAAAUCUUGUGGGUACGACGACCCCAGCUUCGAGCUCGAAUGCCGCAACAACCAGACGAUUUUCAAGGUGAGAUCGAGAAUGUAUAUGGUCCGAGACAUCAACUAUGAAAUAUACUCUAUAUGGGUGGUUGAUCCGAGCAUAAACAGGGCAAAUCUUUCUUCUUGUCCUGUUUAUUCCAACGCCUACGAUUCUUGGACAUCCAUCUUCUGGAGCAUCCACUUGAAUAGGCCGGUAUCGUUCUUACACUGUGUGGCUCCUGUGAAUUCUCCCAAGUAUGUGGAAGCCCCUUUUUGCGGCAAUACGAGUAGCACUUCUUCCCAGAUAUACAGUUACGUUAUGGAGGGGGAUGGGAUUGCGUUGUCGGAGUCGUGCACGCUUGAUAGGGUGGUUUGGAGCUCGGGGCCUAAGGGUAGGAGCAGCAAUCCGUCUUUGGGAGGCAUCUAUGGUGAUUUGAGCGAUGGGGUGGAGCUCUCGUGGUUUCGCAUUCACUGCGGAGAAUGUUCGAGAAGCAAUGGGGAUUGCGGCUUGGAGGGCAGCCGGAUCACUUGUAAACACCAGUGCAAGGAUGAUCGAACAACUCUCUCCCAACAAGGUUUUAAAUGUCAGUUGGAGUAUUGGGCACGUGAGUGGUCCAUCUUCUCAGAUCUUUUGUGAGCUUUUCCUAUUAACUUUUUUACCUAUGGGAUGAUGGGAUAACAUUUUUUCCUUUUUUUUACAGCUUACAUUGUAGGAUAUGGAAUGUUUGCAUACGGUGGACUUAUUGGUCUGAGAUUCUUGAUUGGAUUCGUAUUCCUCAUGGUAUUGGUGGUGUCCCAAUGGAGAAAACGGCAUCAUUUACCCCUCUAAUUUAUCAUUCUCUCUAUCUCACCAAGAUUUAUCCUUUUCUCUUCUUUUUUUGUACAAUCUGUCAAGUGUGAUCUUUAUUAAUAUUUGAUGUUUUAUAGUUGUAUUGCUUUUUCAAUUCAAUUGUCAAAUUUAUAUUUUAUUUUAUUUUUGAUUUGGGUUCA